ACGCGCCACUAGUUAUUUUCUAAUACCUACGAUAUUUCGGAACGUUUUCUCAAUGCACCUGGUUUGUGCAUUAAAUGAUUAAAAAAGGAAAAAUUUAAAUUGUGCUCGUGUGUACGAAUAUAAGUGUAGCUGCUGUCAAGAUGAAUGCUCGCUCUCAAUCAUUCGAUCUGACGAUGGAAGGUAGUCAGGUGGACGAAGCUGUCAGCAGUAUCUUUCAUACGAUUCUUUUCCACCGAAGUCUUGGAAAGUUUUUGUACAGUGGUGAAGCAAUGUAUUCUGUGGGUAGUAUUGGAUUCUCGGAUGUAGAUUGUAACUUCUUCGACUACACCUAUCUUAGCUGCACGUCCCCAAGGCUCGAUGAAACCAUAAAGAAAGAGAUUGGAGCAUUUAGCCGUCAGCUGCGUAGCAACGAAAGUUCUGGCACUGGACAGAUUAGCUUGGAAUUUUUUCAACGCAAGAGAGCACGCUGGACAUUCAUGACUGAAUGUAUUCCAUGGGAAGUUUGGACCAUUAGACUGGAUCUAAUAAACCUUACCAAUGAGGACGAUCAUCAAAUGUGUCGCGAGAGGGUCGGGGAAAUGGUGAUGGAUAAAAUUUUCUAUAUCACCGAGGCGAUGAAUCGUCAUGACUAUUUACCAAAGACACCUAACCAGACGGAGCUGGACUCGGUUUUUGACACAUCUUAUCCGGACGUUCAGCCGUAUUUGUUCCAGUUCAAAUUCUCUACGACUGGACCAAGCACUAACUCGGUUGGGAAAACAGUGAGAAAACUGUUCAAAGAAACCCUCUCGUUGUGACUGUUGACAGCAGCGAUAAUUGCAGUAGUCACUCUGGCAAUUGGUCGAAGGAUGUCUUGUGACAAGAAACUGAUUUCAUUGUUUUUUUGAAUAGCGAAUUCCAGAAAUGAUUACAAUGCACAAUGACCCUAUUUCUGGCAUGGUAUAAGCUUAUCGAUAUAAUGCAGCAAUUAUUCGAUUCAAAGUUUAAUUUACAUUCUGUGUAUUCAACGAUUACCGAUUGUUUUACACAAACAUUUCUUUUUAUCAUAAUUUACGAAGUGUACACCUAUAUAAGUCAAAUAGAAGAAAAUUAAUGCAACAUAGUUUAUUCACAUACAUUUUUGACUGAUGUGGAUUGUCCCGUGUUGCGCUUUUUCAAUACAUGAGACGAUUUGAAAAAAAAAACAUCACCAGCAAUCCGAUGCAAACCCCUGGACACGAAGCUUGCCUCAAAGCGUGUUUUCGUCAGUGCUUGAAUUGUUUUCUAAGGUGUAGAUGCUAGAUUUUAUUUUCAUACGAAUGUGUUUGAAGCUAAUUAACAUAAUAUCAGAUUUUGAGGAUGGCAAACCGAACGCGUUUCGUAGGUUUUUUACAGCAACAUCUAAUGUUAUUACAAACAGCAAUCUUAAGAGGAGUCGUGCGUCAGUCAUGAAGCACUUUCUAGUUUCGGUAGCAAUUAUAGGAGCUUAAGUUUAGUUUAACAUGGAUGCAGUUGUGACACAGCGCGGUGUUGAAGAAGAUUAUUUUAUAAGGGAACAUUGUCAGGGAGUUGUAACGAUAAGAUGAGGAUGAGAGGAUAGACAGACUGGAAAUGUGGAGCAUGGCUGCUAUCCCAGAUGUUGGCUUUGAGAGACGUGAUAUGGAGGGAAUAGUUUUUAAGGCAUUCAAAUAUCGAAUUCGUUCGUUUGUUUUUUUUAUUUCAACUCACUGCUAUAUAUGUAGAGAUUGUAACGAAACGGAUGUGUAAUUUUAGAAAAUGAUUUAUAGGAUAGCACAACCAUUAACGUUGCCGAAUUUAAGUAGUAAUUCGAUAUCAAUGUCUGACGAAAGAGAAAACAAGACAAACCCAAAUAGCAAAUAAGGUCUUAAGAAUGCUUGAGAUGAGUAAAAUAAUAAAAGUUGAUCUAAAACGUAA